UCCUUGAAGGGUGACAUGGCCGAAGGGCAAAGAGAGCAAGAGCUGAGGAUGCUUCUCAUCGGCAAAACCGGAACUGGGAAGAGUUCCACAGGAAACACCAUCUUGGGAGCUAAAGAGUUUGAUAGCUCUGCUGCAGCUGGAUCAGUCACCAAAUUUUGUGAAAGAAAGGAAGCCGUCUUCGAGGGAAGAAAGAUGAUUGUUGUGGACACGCCUGGGUUUUUUGACACUAAAAGGAAGCAAGUUUAUACCUGGAAAGAUCUUGAGAAGUGCAUUGACCUUCUCCACCCUGGGCCCCAUGCGAUUCUCGUGGUUAUCAAAAUCGGCAAGAUGACGGAAGAGGAGCAGAACGCUAUUCGGCAGGUUAAAAAGCUUUUCAGCAUUGAAGGUAAACGUUUUCUGAUCCUUUUAUUCACCCAUAAAGAUCAUUUAGAUCAUGAGGGUUCAAGUCUAAGAGGUUUCUUAGCAGGCGCAGAGGGAGAACUGAAGGAUAUGAUGGACAUGGCUGCAAACCGAUUCAUUACUUUCAACAAUAAUGCUGAAGAAGCAGCAGAAAAGAUACAUCAGGUGAAGGAAUUGAUCAAAGAAAUAGAUGACAUGGUGACACUGAAUGGUAAACAUGCGGGGAAAUGCCAGAUGGAAAAUAUCUGGAGACGUCUGCAGCCGUGCCUGAACAAGAAAGUCACCCCCCAAGACUCUGGGAGAACACGCUCCCUUGUCUAA